GUUGCUCUGGUGAAUCUGCGCGCGAGAGAUGCUACUGCUGCUGCUGCUGCUGUUCCCUUAGAAGGACACCAUGAGAAAUCACAGGCAGAAUCGCGACGAGUUACUCAGUAUUUCAGCUUUGUACGGAGGAUGACUUUUACAUAAUAUUAAGAUGGAAUACUGACACUCUUGCAGCAUUUACUGGUAUUUAAAUAACGCAAAAGAGAUGAGUAUAAUUACUUUAUCUUUGCUCCUGUGUGCUGACCUACUGGAUUUCGUUAUAGGUUAUUUAACAGUCACCAUUGAGCCUCUCCCUCCUGUGGUUAUGGGGGACACAGUGACUUUGAAGUGCAAUUUCAGGACCGAUGGCAACUUACGAGAGAUUGUGUGGUUUCGGGUGACAGAAGGUGGAACAUCAAAACAGAAAAUUUUCACCUACGACGCCAUGUACAACACCAAUUUUUCUCACAUGGAGGACUUCCGCAGACGAGAGGACCUUGUUUACCAGUCAACUGUCAGGCUCCCUGAGGUCCAGAUGGAAGAUGAUGGACCAUAUGAAUGCCACGUGGGGAUCUAUGACAGGGUAUCUAGAGAGAAGGUGGUCUUGGCAUCUGGGAGUAUCACUCUUAAUGUCAUGUCUCCACCAAAAUCAAUAUCUGUUGAGGCAGCAAAUCAGCCAGCUCGAUUCAGUCGCUAUGAGGCUCAAAAUUUCACGCUUGUUUGCAUUGUAACUGGAGGAAAACCUGCCCCGGUGGUGUACUUCAAGAGGGAUGGAGAACUUAUAGAAGUCCAUCCUUUCACGUCUACUGAGAAAGUGGAAAACAGAGGCUUGCUCGCUGCCCUAGAUAACCAGCCGCUUCUAAGUCGAGAACUGGAUGAUACAAAAGUGCAGAAGUCUCUUUCUUUCCUGGGCCCUCACAGCGAGCCGGUGCGUCUGGAUAAGGACCGGCCCCAGCGCAGUUACACAUCUGGAGCCCCUGGUCAAGAGGAAGCCAGUCCCACCACAGAGGUCAUCCCAGAGACUGUGAUCAGCCGAGAGUUUCCCCGCUGGGUGCUGAGCUCAAGCCCGAUGUAUUACUUCAACCAUACGCAGUCUGAGCUUCAUGACGGUACUUUGGAGGUCCAAGCCAUGCUGACAUGGCACUUGAACCCACAGCUGGACAAUGAGGCUCUGUUCACCUGUGAAGUCAAGCACCCUGCUCUUUCCAUGCCCAUGAAGGCAGAGGUUACACUCUCUGCUCCAAAAGGCCCGAAACUCUCUGUGGCACCAAGCAGAGCAAAAGUGGGAGACACGGUUCGCAUCAAAGUGGAGGGAUUCCAAAUGGGGCCCAAAGCGAAUAAAGUGUUUCCAGAGCCUCUUUUCACAUGGACACGUGUGGGAGGACCUCUGCUGGAUGGAAGUGAAGAGAGAUUUGGGAAAGUACUGGUUCUGGAGAGAGUCCCAGCUGAGCUCAACGGAUCCAUGUAUCGCUGCACGGUCCAAAACCCAUUGGGAUCUACCAACACUCACACCUGCCUCAUAGUAUUUGAAAAUCCCAGGAUCAAGAAGGAGACUAAACAACUGAAGUUUGGCAAUUCUGCUGGAGACAUGCUUGGGCCCUCACUGAUGUUGCUGCUGUUGUCAUUGACUCUGGAGUUAACAUGAGCACUAUGGGAUGCGCUUUCCAUUAGUAACCCUGUCUGAUACUCUGUCAACUCCUCUGCCAUCUCUGUUGCUGUCCAGCAGCUACGCUAUAAUCCAGGACUGAGACUGCUGCAGAGAAAUAUGUGCUCAGAAUGAGAACGAUAAGCUCAACCCACCCUGACCCCCCCAACCAUGUGACAACGAUUCAGCUCAGUUUUUUCCGCACCUGUUUUGGCACAAUACACUGACAUAUUCAUGCUUUGACUUUAUAAACUCUACAUUGUAUUUGUGCACAGCUGUGUUGCAGAAAAGGAUUAGAGAGAAGUGGAAUGGGACGGCCCACAUAGCCUACAGAUAAUCCUGGACAUACAUUACAGCUUUCAUCAUUCUAAACAGCUUAUUGUAAUGUCAUUUCAUUAAUGUUGUUCUUUAUAUCCCAGCUGUUGAGUGCAAAAUCACUUACUUGACUUCAUGGUUCAAGCUAUUGGAUGUUGAGAAUGAGAUUCACCUACUGCAUAUGACCUCUAGAUGACGGUAUAGAUCUUUAGACAUAAUACCUUUUUUAUGCAUUAAAUGUCCAUAGACUCUU